AUGGCUGUGGGUCUGGUUACCGUCAACGGCAGCGGCAAAUCUGCCCUGCCGCUGGUCCAGCAAAUGUCCAAAGACCACGACAUUGUGCUAAAGACAUUCCGUAUGCUCAUUUCGGACUUGUGCCAGCAAUUCGGAGGAGGUCACCCUGGUGGUGCCAUUGGUAUGGCUGCUAUCGGUGUCGCGCUCUGGCGAUAUGUGAUGCGCUAUGCUCCACACACCCCCGAUUUCUUCAAUCGCGAUCGUUUCAUUCUGUCCAAUGGCCACACCUGCCUAUUCCAAUACUCCUUCCUGCACUUGACCGGGUACAAGGCGAUGACCUUUGACCAACUCAAAUCCUACCACUCGGAUCGCGUCGACGCACUUUGCCCUGGCCACCCGGAGAUCGAACACGAGGGUAUCGAAGUCACCACAGGACCCCUCGGUCAGGGUGUGGCCAAUGCCGUCGGAUUGGCGAUGGCAACCAAGAACUUGGCGGCGAAGUUCAACCAGCAGGAUACGAUGUUGUUAACAACCACACCUGGUGAGGGCGUGGGAUUGGAAGCGAUUUCGUAUGCGGGCCAUCUUAAGCUCAACAACUUGACAAUCAUCUACGACAACAACCAAAUCACCUGUGAUGGAUCGGUCGAUCUGACCAACACUGAAGACAUUAACGGCAAGAUGCGCGCCUCCGGGUGGGACGUGAUCGACGUGGAAGACGGUUGCUACGAUGUUGAGGGCCUCGUGAGGGCGCUGGAACAGGCUCGCGCCUCCACAGAGAAGCCAACAUUUAUCAACGUCCGCACAGUCAUUGGCCUCGGUAGCAAUGUUGCCGGUCAGGCCGCAGCCCAUGGUGCUGCAUUCGGAGCUCCCAAUGUGGCGCAGAUGAAGCAGGACAACGGGUUCAACCCAGACGAACACUUUGUUAUUGGAGAGACUGUACGGAAGUUUUUCGAAGAUCUUCCUGCCCGUGGUGAAACUCUCGUCCGGGAAUGGAACGACCUUGUGAAGCAAUAUACUGCUCAGUUCCCUGAGCUCGGCGCAGAGUUCCAGCGCCGCAGGAGCGGAGAGUUGCCAUCCAACUGGAAGGACCUGAUCCCCGCCAGCUUCCCAGAAAAGCCUACCGCUUCGCGAGCCUCGUCGGGCUUGGUCUUCAACCCCAUUGCUAAGGAGAUCGAGAACUUCAUGGUCGGUACUGCUGACCUGUCGCCAUCUGUCAACAUGAUCUGGCCUGGAAAGGUAGACUUCCAGCAUCCUGAUCUGCGCACCACUUGCGGCAUCAACGGCAACUACGGCGGUCGUUACAUCCACUAUGGUGUGCGUGAACACGCCAUGUGCGCCAUCUCGAACGGCUUGGCCGCUUAUGCCCCUAACACCUUCAUCCCCAUCACCUCAUCCUUCUUCAUGUUCUACCUUUAUGCUGCUCCUGCCGUGCGCAUGGGCGCAUUGCAGCACCUCCAGAUCAUCCACGCCGCCACACACGACUCCAUCGGAAUGGGCGAGGACGGCCCCACUCAUCAACCUAUUGAAUUGGCCGCAUUAUACCGUGCCAUGCCAAACCUGCUCUACAUCCGUCCCGGUGAUAGCGAAGAAACCGCUGGUGCCUGGAUCGCCGCCAUCGAAGCCAAGAAGACACCCACCAUUAUCUCUACUUCCCGUCACACUCUACCCCAACUCAAGCAAACCAGCCGCGACGGCGUCGCACGCGGUGCAUACGUCCUCGAGGAGGCCGAGAACGCAGCUGUUACCCUCAUCGGUGUGGGCGCAGAGCUGUCCUUCGCCCUGGAGGUCGCCGACAAGCUCGAGGAAAAGGGCAUCGUUGCGCGGGUAGUCAGUUUCCCCUGCCAGCGUUUGUUCGAACAGCAAUCCCUCGAAUACAAGCGCUCUGUUCUGCAGAGACACCGUGGUAUUCCUGCUGUCGUUAUCGAGCCUUAUGCGCCUAACGGCUGGGAGCGGUAUGCGGACGCUGGCGUUUGCAUUAAGCGCUUCGGUCACAGUUUGCCGGGCAAGGUGGCGUACAAGUACUUCGGUUAUGACAUUGAUGCCUUGACCGAGAAGGUUCACGGCUAUCUGGGACAGGUUGAGAAGGAUGAGCUUCUGAAGCGGGAGUUUGUUGAACUGUGA